ACUAAGAUGUUUUUUGUCCAGGUAGCACCCAACAGCCACCAUAUGGCGAGGAUGAAGAAGGCAGAUACUGAAAGAUGACAGAGAAGAUUGUAAAAGUAGCGUCCUACAGCUAACGUACGGAGGGGAUCUAGAAAGCAGAUACUGGAGCUCGUCAAUGAAGAUUGUAAAUGUAUGAUCCGGGCCGACAGCCACCAUAUGGAGGGGAUGAAGAAAGCAGAUACUGAAAGACGACAAAGAAGAUUUUAAAAGUAGCGUCCUACAGCUAACGUAUGGAGGGGAUCUAGGAAGCGGAUACUGGAGCUCGUCAAUGAAGAUUGUAAAAGGUGAACUGCAGAAGGCCUUGAAUGUGAUAAUGCCAGUAAUUGUAGGAAACUACCAGUGGAUGCUUUGGGUUGCUGACACUGUACGGAGAACGGUUAGACACGUUGAUUCAUUGGAUAGCUCAAACCUACAAAGGAAAAAGACAAUGCUGGCAAACAAGAGGAGAUGUCAACUCGCUGACUUGCCAGUUGGUCAGCACCUACAGGACCAUCCUGGCCUCAUCUACCCAGAGUUCUGGAUAGAGAAUCCAGUAACAAUCACCGCUGAUAUAAUUAAUAGUUGGCAGGCCACCAUACAGUAUGGUAUAUUUAGGAAAGUUUUCGAAAGUCUACAACUUUCCCGAGCACAAGACUCGUCCAGUUUUGACGUGGAAUACGCAUGUUGAAUUGUUCUUCAUUCCACCAUACUGCAUUCAACGUGAGAUUCAUCCCAACUACCUUGAUGAUGACUCUAGUGCGCAGCAGCACUGCGUGGAUGCUCUUGCCUACGAGACACUCAUCCCCAAGUCGAGCGUGUAGCGCUGCACGUCCUGCUGCUUGAGCAUUGCUAACACACAGCACACAGCGACAGGCAAGAGCUACCUGGGUCAGCGGCUGGCCGAGUACCUCGUGCUGCGAUGCGUCUCACCUUCUCGAACUCUGUGUUUGUGCGCACUGUAUGUGCAUGAGCAAGUGCUGGCCGAGUAGUCUCUGUCUCUCUCAAAAAUGCACAUCUCAAGAUUAUGAUAGCUCUAAUUA